AGAGCAUAGGGCAAACGAAGGAAGGUAACGAAGAAGAAAAUUUGGGAGCAAAAGCAAAGGGAAGAAGAUGGUGCUUCUUGAUGAAGAAAUUUCGAGGCUCUAUCGAAUCCGGAAGACGGUGAUGCAGAUGCUGAGGGACAGAGGCUACCUUGUAGGAGACUUCGAGAUCAACAUGUCCAAGCACGAGUUCAAAUCCAAAUACGGUGAGCACAUGAAACGUGAGGACCUCGUCAUCAACAAGUCCAAGAAGGACAACUCCGGCGAUCAGAUCUACGUCUUCUUCCCGGAGGAGGCCAAGGUCGGCGUCACACCCCUGAAGACUUACAUUAACCGCAUGAAGUCCGAAAAUGUCUUCAGAGCCAUUUUUGUCACUCAGACUAACCUUACCCCCUUCGCCAGAACCUUCAUCAGCGCAACCUCUUCCCAAUUUCACUUGGAGGUUUUUCAGGAGGCAGAGCUGCUGGUGAAUAUUACAGAGCAUGUGCUUGUCCCUAAACAUCAGCUUCUCACCGAUGCUGAGAAGAAAACCUUGCUUGAGAGAUACACUGUGAAAGAAACUCAGCUACCUAGGAUUCAGGUGACAGAUCCUGUAGCAAGAUAUUAUGGAUUGAAACGUGGUCAAGUUGUGAAGAUUAUUCGGCCGAGUGAAACUGCAGGAAGAUAUGUUACAUAUAGAUUUGUUGUAUAGAGAUGUGAAUUUAGACUAUCUGCACUCCUUUUUUUGAACCUCCACGAUACUCUCUUUCUCGCAUGGUGUUUUAGUUUUGAUUUGUUUUUGUCUUGAUUCUACAUUUCUGUGAACAAAUCUAGUUGAAAUUGUGCUUUUAAGUUUAUCACUUUAAUUAGUGAUCAAUUCUUAGUCAAAUCUUCUACUCACAAUAAUUGAAAGUACUUUUAUGGCUUUUAAAAGAUAA